AUGCAACGCUUGCCUCCCCGUGGGCGAGAUGCUUAUGCCAGCCCAGGAUAUUCGGACCACGGACAAGUUGCAGGAUACCCCCGUGCAGCAGUGGUGCUAGUGGUGUUUUUCGCCCUGGUUUUACUAGUUUCGCCGCUUGCUGACCGGCCAUCAACACGCAGCCGUCAGGCUGUAGGCCAGGCACCUGGCUUCACGCCGGCACCAUUUGGUCUGCCAUCAUUUUCCCGCGGGGAUUUACGCAGAAACUGCAGAAGUCUACGCAGCUGCCGCACGCAGUGUCGUUGCAUCAUUGAAACUGAUCCCGUGGAGCUUGAUGCGGCGGUUCGUAGCGGAGGUGCGGUGGUACUAGAUGUCUAUGCCGUAUGGUGCGGACCGUGCAAGCUCUUGGAGCCUGCGCUGCGCAAACUUUCAAGGCGACUUUCAAGUGGCGACUUUGAUGAGGAUGGCAUUCCUCGGCCGCAAGUGCUGCGCUUGGACAGUGACCGACACACCACCAAGGCAACCGCCUUAGGUGUCGAAGGCCUCCCAACGGUAAUCUUUUACAAGAAUGGUGCGGAGACAGGUCGAUUUGAGGGGUCUGCGAGCUUAGCUCAGCUGGAGGAUGCGGCAGCUGCGGCACUGGGGUUGGUGGAGCUCUUAGGCACGCAUCAAGCAAACAGCCAAAUCAUGUUUUUUGGGAACGUUUUUGUCGGGAUUGCGCUGGACGUUUUUGCUGUUCACCAGACGACACUGGAUUGGAUGCAGAAGUCAGCAGCUUGGAGGACCGUCUUCGUUGCAGCAUUCGAGGGAAGAUCACCCGGUGGUGCCUGCGGUUACGGGUGGUUACAGUUACCGAGACGAAGGGUGUGCGACAGGGAGUUCGAUUUCUUUUGGUUGUCUCAAAUGCCGAGCGAACGUUGUGCCACAUUGUGCACUGCGCACCGACAGGAACUGGAAUUGACCGUGCAAAUGGAGGACGUUCUGCUGCUUGGUGUCCUCGGUAGCGGAAUCUUUGAAGCAUUGUGCUGA